AUGGUUGCUGGUGGCGGCGGUGGAGGUGGUGUUCCCAAGCUUGGUAAGUGGAGAAAAUUUUUAAAACUGACUACAAUUUCCAAGUCAAUGUUUUUUGUUCAUUUUAUGAAUGACUUCUUCCACACAGAAAGUUUGAAGGAAAUCUGUAAUCUUAAGAAAUUCGAGUGGUCGGUUUUUACACGGACUGCCUCUUAAGGUGGUUCUGCUGAUGAUCUUGGUAGUUGGACUCUAUAAUUUAGCGAAAGGCGCAUGGCACAUAACGUUGAAAUUUCUAAUGAAAAGUCAAGUACUGAGAAAUGUACACGAGUUUUUGAUGUUUAUAUACGGGCGCUUUAAUUGCAGGUUGACAAACAGUUAACUUAUAACCGGUGCCCUACAAUUAGCACUAGAUACCAUGUCAGCGUGCGCGGAUUUGAUAAGCAGUAUUAAAACUAAGUACUUAUAUUUGACGCACAUUGACGUGCAUUCAUGCACAUUCAAGUUAUUCCAUGACGUCACAAAUAAUUGAUCGUUCCACAUACCAACGAAAAGUUUAAGGCGCUGCUCUCUCCUAUCGCAGCAAAAAAGAGCGAUCUCCAGGGCCUAUCAGAGGGGGCAAUUUGCCUCGGGCCACCAGUGUAAGCCCCCCCCCCCCAAAAUUUGGAAAAUAAAAAAGUAAUUUGGAACGUUUCUUGAUAUAAAUAAUGGGUUGAGAAAAAAUUUUCUAAACCUAAAUUUUGCAAAUAUUGGUUCAAAAAUUUUGGAAAAAUAAUGGAAAAAAUUUUUUGGAACCUUGGCUUAACUGAUGUUAGUCGGUAAAAAUUUUUUGGACCUUUUUUUAAAUGUCCGGAAAAAAAUUUACCCUUCCCCCCCCAACAUUUUUUGGGAAAAAAUAGGGCAUUUUGGGGGAAACAAUAGGGCCCGGGCCCCCGAAUUUCUCUGAUAGGCCCUAGCGAUCUCCAUAUGAAUUUUGAUUUCCAUGCAUCGUUUGUACAAUAUAUACUUUCCUAGGUAUGUACUCGGUCGGCGGUCACGGGAGGAAAGAAUACAUCAGCAAAAUAGGCGAAGGUGGACACCUGUUUGAUCCCCAGAGAAACAUCACUGUCACUCAUGUACGUCAUGAUCACGCCUGUAUGGCCGGUGCCGGAGGAGGUUUUCAUAAAGACGGCGCUGGAUAUCGUGCCAAGUGGGGAGGCAAGGCAUUUGAACAUGGCGGAAAUGGUGGAUCAAUAAAACGACGCAAGUUUAAUGUGAUGACAGGUACUAGUGACGGCGGGUAUGACAAAGGAGGAGCUGAUGGUGGAUUUGGAGGAGGGGGAGCAUCCGGUCUCUUGCCGGGAGGUGGUGGAGGAUACAUCGGGGGCAGUGUGCGGGGUGCAUAUUUAUAUGACAACACCUACAAGGUGGCGGAUGGAGGAACAUCAUACAAUCGUGCUCUGUAUCCUACAAUCACACCAGGUAUACACAAGAAACACGGCAGAGUAUUCAUAAAAUUUCUCGGAACUGAAAUGCUGCCUUUCCACGCUAAUCAAACCACGGAUCCACGGAUUCCCGGAACUCAUGAAGAUUGGUAUAAAGAAGCUUGGGACGAUUAG